AUGCGACUCCGAUUCUCUGCCCUCCUGGCAUUCCGGCCGCCCAAGGCCUCUGCCAGAAGUGUGUCAGUGGUGCUUGGACUCUGGAUGCUGCUUUUUCACUGGUUCACCAGGAUUGACGUCUGGCUGCACUCGCUCAUGUGCAGCUUCCCCGGCUCUGCCACGGACUACCGCGUUCUUCUGGUGGCAGAUCCGCAGCUGAUCGACAACCACACGUACCCAGGCCGGCCCUGGCCGCUGCUGAAGCUGUCGCAAAUCACCGCAGACGACUAUAUGCGGCGGAACUACCGUUCGUUGCUGGCUCAUUUGCGUCCUGAGGCGGUUUUUUUUCUGGGAGACCUGAUGGACAACGGCCGUUCGAGCACCGAUGAAUACUAUGCGCGCGAGCUGAAACGGUUUAAGCGCAUUUUUUUGCCCGAUAACACAGAGACGCUGACGUUGGUGCCAGGGAACCACGACAUUGGCUACGGAGACGGUGUCAAGUUGCCGUCGCUGCAGAGGUUCGAGGCAUAUUUUGGCAAGCCGAAUCAACGAAUCGCCCGCAAGGGCCACGAGCUGAUCUUUCUGGACACCAUCUCGCUGUCGAAUACGCAAGAAGAGGCGAUUUAUGGCGAUGCACGCCGUUUGUUGGAGGAAGUAGGCCGCGAGCCAAAAAUGCAACCCCGGAUUCUUUUCCACCAUGUGCCGCUGUACAGGGACCCGCACGAGCAGCCGUGCGGGAAAAAUCGAGAGAGCGGAAAAUUUCCCGUCAUCAAGGGCCACCAAUACCAGACGGUGAUUGACCCGUCGUUGUCGCAGGAGAUUCUGGAGAAGAUCCGACCGGACUACAUUUUCAGCGGAGAUGACCAUGACUACUGCGAGGUGGUGCACAAAUACACCACGGGUGAGGCCGUGGAGGUGUCGGUGAAAUCGUUUUCUCUUGCGAUGGGCAUCAAAUUCCCCGCCGUCGAGCUGCUCAGCAUCGGCGAGGCCGGAGGAGACGCCGCCGUGACGUACUCGCUGUGCUACCUCGGACGGCCGUUCCGGGACAUUGUUGCGUACGUGGCAGCGGCCGUUGCAAACGGGCUGUGGUUGCUGUGGAGCUUCACAGACAGACGCGGAGGUGUGAAGGUGGACUUUCCGCGGCUGCUGCGGUACACAGCAAUAGAAUUCGCUGCGGUGACAUUCAUGUACUGGAUAAUUAAAUAA